UUGAAACUAUUUUCUCCUCACAUUCUUGUGCUGAUUGUAGCUUUAAUAGCUUUAAGCAUAUGAUUUCUCAAGUUUGUUUGCUUGGAGGAAAUGAAUUUGGCAUCUUGAGUUUUGUUUGCUUGGAGGAUUGAAUUUGACAUUUUGGGUUUUGUUUUUAGGAGAAUUUUGAGGAUGCUUGUAUGAUAAAGAUGGGACUUUUGUGAUUUAGUUGGGUGAGAUUUCAUGUUUCUGCAUGUGGGUUUUGUUCUCAAGAGGAUUUUGAAUGGAAAAAAAAAGGUGGGAAUUUUGAAUCUUUGAAUUGGUGCUGAAAUGGUGGUCAGAUUAGGGUGGAAUUUCAGUGUUUUUUUUUUUUUCCUUUUGCAGCUGAGUUUUUCCUGAGUGGUUUUUUAUUGUGUUUUUAAAUGAAGAAGCUAAAAAGCACGUUCCACACAUUCCUCACCGUCACACUGCAAAAGGAUGAGACCAAGGUAUGUAUGACGAUCUAAUACCUGAUUUGAGAACAUGUAGAGGGCUUAAUUAUUUCUACAAAUGCAUGUAUGGCCCAGCUGGGCACAUGUCUAUGAUGACGUGUGGCCCACCUUAUAUAUUGGGGGGCCUGGAAAUGAAAAAAGCCUUUAUGUUAUAAGCACAGAGGUCCAUUUAUAGGAUGAUUAGGACAGUGAUACUGAUGGGCCUGGACUUUUGCACUGUCAUCUGUCAAUUGUUGGGUCCACAUUUGAUUGUUCGAAUAGCUAAGGGUCACCCUAUUCAUGGGGGUACUGAAGAAUGCAGACAAUGCUGAAGGUUGGAGGUUGCUUGGAAUAACACGUGCAGAAAAUGAUGAUGAUCAACAGACAUCUAUGGAGAAUUGGAGAUGAAGGAACUUCGCAUCGAACUGAAUGAUAAAGUAUCAGAGAUGGAACGACUGCAAUCUGAGUUGAUCAGACGAGACUUGGAAGAAGAAACAGAGGAACCUGCUCAGAGUAGUUUAAAAACUGUUAUUGCGACCUUAGAGAAGGAGAAUGUCAAUCUUAAGACAAAGAUCAUCCCAGACUUUGUACUGUUUUUUGACUGGUCAGAAGAAGAGAUGGAUACACGCCUUUUGAAUAGGAAUCAGGGAAGAGUUGAUGAUAACAUUGAGACAAUCAGGAAGCGGUUCGAAGUUUUUACAGAAUCCAGUUUACCUGUAAUUGAGUAUUAUAGCUCCAAAGGGAAGGUUCGGAAGAUUGAUGCUGGAAAGCCUGUCGAAGAGGUCUUCGAGGAUGUCAAAAGCGUUUUCUCUUUAGCUAUAAAGAACGUCAGGCACCUCUUGGCAGUUCAGUGUUCUUAA